AUGUUCGUCAAGAACUCCCUCCUCCUGGCCGCGGCUUUGACCGCUGGCUCUGCCGUCGCCCGUCUGCACGGCCAUGAGCGUCGUCACGCCCACCCCAAGGUCGAUAUCGAGGCCGAUGUCCAGGUUGACAAGCGCGCUGUCGGUGAUGUCGUGACUGCCACCAUCGAUGGUGUCCUCGAGACCUGGAUCAACGAGUGGUCCGGUCUGCUCGCGACCUCUUCUUCCACCUCCACCACCGUCGUUCAGGUUCCCACCACCACCGCUGUCCCCGUUGUGACCUCGGUCCCCAGCGCCGUUGAGUCCGCCGUCCCUGCUCACACUGCCUCCCCUGGCUCCAGUGGCUCCUGGUCCGAUCUCCCCUCCAACGGCCAGUACUCCCGUGCCGGCUUCGGUGGUGUCUCCGAGGCCCAGACCGUCGGUGUCCUCGACUGGGACUACAUCGGCAACGUCGGUGUCCCAUGGGGUAGCAACAUCAUUCAGGUUGAGGAGAGCGUCGCGAGCCAGUACAAGCACGUCCUCCGUUUCGAGGGCAGUGAAGCCGAGCCCUGGAACGUGAUCUUCUGGAACACCUACGGCCCCGACAACAAGAUGACUGGCUUCUGGGCCCCCAACGAGGCUCUUUCCUUCAGCCUGGCUCAGGGUGAGGUCAAGUACGUCGCCAUCGAUGACAACUCUCAGGGUGGCUGGGCUGCCGCCCCCGGCAAGGUCCCCACCACCAACUUUGGCCAGUACGCCGCCACCUGGGGUGAGUUUGACAUGAGCAGCGAGAAGAACGAUGGCUUCUCCGGCUGGGACGUUUCCUGCAUCAUUGCCGAGCUCAACGGCCUCGAGGUCCAGGGUAUGAGCAUUUGCAACCACCUUGGCCAGGACUGCUCCACCAUUGGCCGCGGUCUCUCCUCCCUCCUCAAUGCCUACACCAAGAACGACCAGGGCAACAACCAUCUGGCUGUCUCCCAGGCCUCUGGGCCCGUCCGUCUGGUCGUCAAGCUCGACUACGCUUAA